AUGACCUUUUGCGGAAGUUCUUAACACUGCGAUAAUCAGUCAUCUCUCCGAGGACAUUAUCGCCUUUGUUAAAACAAAAUGAAAGAGAACAUUAAAAAAGAAGACAUGUCUGGAGAAGAUGAAUGUUCUCUGUUGCUGGAUGAAAAACUGCUGACUUUAAUGGACCAACUGGAAUUACUGGAAGAAAAACGAGCUCGAUUGAAUACACUCAUCGAGCAGGGAUGGUUUUCCAUUUCCAAGGCGCGGUAUUCCAUGGGAAACAAACAAGUGUCAGCUCUUCAGUAUGCAAGUGAGAUGGAGUCGCUGGUUUGUGUCCAUGUAAAAUCACUCAACAAUGACAAUAUUGAGUUCUGCACCGUAAGAGAGUCACCGAAUUAUCAUACUGAGUGCAAGAACGAGAAAUCUAUUGAAGACGUUGGUCCACAAGACGAAGGCAUCAGAAGAAGAAUAAAAACAAAAAAAGAUAGCAGUGAAACAGAGUCAGUUGAAGAAUUAAAGGGUAAUAAAAAGCCUGAAGACAUUCCAGCUCCAAAAAGUAAACAGAAUCUUCAACAAAAUCCGCUUAAAUGGUUUGGAAUUUUGGUGCCACAAUCCCUGAAGCAAGCCCAGUCAUCAUUCAACCAAGUAAUAGAGCUGACUGCUGAGAUUGCAAAUCUUCAGGUUGCAAUUUUAAACACCAGACAGGAGUUGAAGGACCACAUUCCGGAGAAGGUUUCAGCAUUCCCGUUGGAAAACACCACAUAACAAUGGAUGCUAACAGCUGUAUUUUUAAGGAUACGGGUGCUAACUAAACAAAAACACACACACAAAAAUCCUAAAGAAAUACUGAACGUCAAAUUUGAUACAAUCUUGGAAAUAUGAGUCAUUAUUUUAUUUUAAAAAUAAUAUACAGUUAGCAAUCCCAAAGUUGUGAGCAACGACCUGUCCCACUUUGUUUAACGGUCCUGAACACACCAUUGUGCAUGUGCUAACCUUCACCAAUGCUGCACAUAUAAACUACUGUACUGUAUUUUUUUACAGUUUUUUUUCCUAUU